ACAUAAAAACCGGCGGCACCAAAACCCAGAAGGAAAAAGUAAUUAAGGGGGGAAAAAAAGGAUGUGGGGGAGGUGAUGGUCCGAUGGAGCACGACGUAUCUCAUGUUCAUGUCUAUGGAAGUCAAAUUUAAUCAAUCACCAUCGCCAUUAACACCAAUGCACAGCGCCAUUAGCUUUUAAUCGGCGGGCAUAGCGCUUCAGUGGCUGCUGCCUUGCUGCAUCUCAAAUUUUGAUCCUGGAGGCUGGCUGUCCAGAGGCAUUCCUGAAUUGAUUGAUUCGGUACCGGUGUAAUGGCUCGAAAUCCUUCCCUCCAGCCGGAGAUCGGCCCCGACGGCCUCCCUAGAGAAGCUCCCGUCAUCGCCUACACCGAGAAGAUAAUCGAGGAAGAACAGCUUCAACUGAAGAAAUACAUUCAAGAAAACUACUCUAAGAUUCGUGAUGUCGAACGGGAGCUGGCGAAUCUUUCCAUGGAAAUGAAGCUGACUGCUGGACCAAAGAAAGCAGCACUCGAGCUCUUGAGAAAGAAAAUACAGGCUUCAACUGAAAGAAUUCGAGUGGCGAAGCAGAAGGAAGAACAGGCACAAAAGGCCUGGGAAGCAGCAUCAAAGGUGGUCAAGGAGGAGGAAGCAUUGAAGCAGAAGCUGUGCGAAGACCUAUCAAAUCUGGUUCAAGAAAGCAGUAACUCUCAGUAUUCUAGACUGGAGGAAUUGAAAAGACGACUUGCAGCUCUUAAUCCAAGUAGAUCAUCAUCUGUCACUCUGGAUGGGAAACCAGUGCAAUCUGUUGAAAGUGGUACCAGCCAGGGUGCUUCCUCAGUUCCUCGCAUGUCAGAAGCUAGUGGAAUAACUGAAAAUACAGAUAAAAAAGGAAGUUCUGGGGAUUCUAGAGCCACAAACAGACAAAAUCAAGAGUCUCCAAUUGAGGGAGAAGGCAGGGCAAAGAACAAGAUCCAGUUCCAUGGAAGAGGGAAGGGGAUCGGGGCAGUUCCGAAAGGUAAGAAUUCAGGGCCUGGCUGGACUGGGGCUGGGUUUGAUGUGGACGGUAGAACUUGAGAUUGAGAAUGCAAAUUCAAAACUUUCUGCCUUCUCUGUUCCGGGAUUAUGUGUAAGGAAGUUCUCAUUCUGUUUAAGAGUGUUCAUUAUUUCUGCACUGAGCCAUCCAAUUACUUGGUGUGCAUAUUCCCGUCUUUGAAUGCCACGAUAACCUUUUCUGA